AUGAUGUCCUCCCAUCAUCAUCACCAUCACCACCAUCAUCCCGAUAACAUAAUGUCGGAGGUGGAGGUGCCGGAUGCAAACAUAGUGGAGGUGGUGGACGGGAGUGCUGGUUUCGGUGCCGAAAUUGACUACGAUCAAUAUGAGGUUGGCGGCGUGGUAGACGGCCACUACGAGGAGGUAACUUGCGAAACGGAAGACUCGCAAGGAUUGAUGAUGCAUCAUCUGCACCAUCCGGACGAUGACGAGGAGAUACUACAUCACGAGCCGGACAUAGGGCAAGCUGCCCACGAGGAGGUCCUUGAUUCGUCCGGUGACGCGAUGUGCGUGUACGGUGAUAUAAACCUAGAGAACGAGAUCUACAUCGAAUCGACGACGACUCCGGGGCCUUCUCGGAAGCGAAAAUCGCUCAAACAGCCUCGCGGUGGUAGCAUGAUGAACCGCAUCCGCGUAAGCGAUAACCAUGGCAACCAUCUUCAUCACAGUCACCACCAUCACGGGCUGACGGCAGUGGAGCAGCUAGAUGUGAAUCACAAGAGGCGUCGCUGGGAGCAGAAGCAAGUACAAAUCAAAACGAUGGAGGGUGAAUUUAGCGUAACGAUGUGGGCCUCCGGUACGGACGACGACGACGGCUCGAACCCAGAGACGGAUCCGGAUUACACGGAGUACAUGACGGGAAAGAAAAUCACACAAGACUGCGACAGCAUACCAGGCAUUGAUCUGUCCGAUCCAAAGCAGUUAAGCGAGUUCACGCGGCCCGCUCACAAAACGAAAGGCAGCAGUGGCAAGCUGGUACCGAUCGCGCCAUCCAACAUAUUGUCGUCCGAUGUGCAGGGUAUGGGCUUGGGAGACAGUGGCAGCAGCGGGGGGAAGUCGUCUGAUGUGUCGGACCGAAACAUUGCUUGCCCGCAUAAGGGCUGCACGAAGAUGUUCCGUGAUAAUUCUGCGAUGCGUAAGCACCUGCAUACGCAUGGCCCGAGGGUGCACGUUUGCGCCGAAUGUGGUAAAUCGUUUGUCGAAAGCUCAAAGCUGAAACGGCACCAGCUAGUGCAUACGGGCGAAAAACCAUUCCAGUGUACGUUCGAGGGCUGCGGAAAGCGGUUUUCGCUCGACUUCAAUCUUAGGACGCACGUGCGAAUACACACCGGUGACCGGCCGUACGUUUGCCCGUUCGAUGGCUGUAACAAGAAGUUUGCCCAAUCCACCAACCUCAAAUCUCACAUUCUAACACACGCGAAAGCAAAGCGCAAUAGCAGCAGUGGCAGUGGAGGCAGCAGCAGUCGAAAUCAGAAUCUUAUGCAGACUUCAUCUCCACACCAUUCAGCGUCGGGACUGCUGGCUCCACCAUCCUAUGUAAAAGUGGAAUCGGUAGAGAUCGACCCCGAUGCGUCGCAGUACAUCAUCUAUACGGAUUAA